UGUUGCAGGAAGCUGCAGCUGAGUCUUCGUGUGGAGCCGGUAUGGUAGCAUGUGAAAGCACAUUAGCGCUCAGUUUCAACUGCAUGUAAAAAGCUCUGACUGAUAAAUCAUCACAAAAAGUAGAUUUUGGGUGUAGCCAUGGAAACGGACUCGUCUCUCCUCAGUACUGAACUGGAGCAGCAGAGCCAAGAAGAGCUUUAUCAGCAGCUCCUGCUUCAGACCAUUGGAAAAGUACAGAGUGAUGGUACUCCCUCAAAAGUCAUCCGCCCACAACCAGGCAUAUGUGUGAAGACCUCAUCUCUAACAGACCAGCAGAAAGUCUUUGUAAACAUCUGUCAGUCACGGGACGUGCCGCCCCCUCCCCACCUGUCCCAGGAAGCGUUGGUGGAACUCCUGGAGUCAGAUGACCCUACAGGAUACAAAGUGCCCAUGAGCCUUGGCGAGGCCCACACUGAAAUAGACAACAGCUCAAAAAGCUGCACUGUGUAUGACGUUGUCAUUAAUGAGGAAUUCUUCCAGAAAUGUCAGAAGGAUACAUUAUUCCAGCAGUUUCUGAUUGCAGUAUCACUAGAGGGACUGGAGAACAAAUACAGCUUGGAGCUAAGCAGAGACAUAAAAAUACUGAAGAACAGGAAGUUCAUGGGAUCUUUGACAGAGCAGAACAUUCGCACCAAGAGUAAACCGGUCAUUCAGGAGAUCGACUCAAAGGAGCUCCAGCUGCAGAACUCCACAGCCAAAGGCCCACAGUUUGGCUUAUGGGUGGAGCCCCCUGUUGGGGUCGCAGAGUUUCUAAUAGCUGAGAUCCAGCUGCCUGGAGUGUCUUCUGCCCGCUCUCUCUUGCUGGAUUUGGGAGAGGACAGGCUGGUGCUGAACGCUCGGCCCUCUCUCUUCCACCUGGAUAUUUUCUUUCCCUUCCUUAUUGACCAAGAGAACAGUGCUGCCCAGUACAACACCAACACACAGGUCCUUACGGUGACCAUGCCAGUGCUAUCUCCCUAAAAUUACUGAAAUGAUAUUUAUUUUCAAUAAAACAUUUAUUUUUUUUGUACCAAGA